CUGCCCCCCGCGCUGCUGACGGCGCUCGGGCCCGCGGCCGAGGGCGCCCGGCGGUUGCACAAGUCGCCGUCGCUGUCGUCGUCGUCGUCGUCCUCGUCCAACGCCGAGUCGGGCACCGAGAGCCCCGGUUGCUCGUCGUCGUCCUCGAGCAGCGCCUCGCUCGGCCGGGCGGGCGGCGGCCGCGGCGGCGCCUUCUUCCACUUCGCCGACGGCCCGCCGAGCGCCCCCGGCGCGGCCAACGGGCACCCUGGGCCGCGCGGCCCCGCGCCCGCCGGCUCCCCGCCGCAGCACCAGUUCCACCCGGGCCGCCGGAAACGCGAGAACAAGGCCAGCACCUACGGCCUCAACUACCUGCUGUCUGGCAGCCGUGCGGCCGCGCUGAGCGGAGGGGGCGGCCCCGGGCCCCAGGCGCCGCGGCCCGGCACGCCUUGGAAGAGCCGCGCGUACAGCCCCGGCAUCCAGGGACUUCAUGAGGAAAUCAUUGACUUUUAUAACUUCAUGUCCCCUUGUCCUGAAGAAGCAGCCAUGAGACGGGAGGUGGUGAAGCGGAUUGAAACCGUGGUUAAAGACCUCUGGCCAGCGGCUGACGUCCAGAUAUUCGGCAGCUUCAGCACAGGCCUCUACCUCCCGACCAGCGACAUCGACUUAGUGGUCUUUGGAAAGUGGGAGCGCCCUCCUCUGCAGCUGUUGGAGCAAGCUCUGCGGAAGCACAACGUGGCCGAGCCGUGCUCCAUCAAAGUCCUUGACAAAGCUACAGUACCGAUAAUAAAACUCACAGACCAGGAGACUGAAGUUAAAGUCGACAUCAGCUUUAACAUGGAGACGGGGGUCCGGGCAGCAGAGCUCAUCAAGAAUUAUAUGAAGAAAUAUUCAUUGCUGCCUUACUUGAUUUUAGUAUUGAAACAGUUCCUCCUGCAGAGGGACCUGAAUGAAGUUUUUACAGGUGGAAUUAGCUCAUACAGCCUAAUUUUAAUGGCCAUUAGUUUUCUACAGUUGCAUCCGAGAAUCGAUGCCCGGAGAGCUGAUGAAAACCUUGGAAUGCUUCUUGUAGAGUUUUUUGAACUCUAUGGAAGAAAUUUUAAUUACUUGAAAACUGGUAUUAGAAUAAAAGAAGGAGGUGCCUAUAUCGCCAAAGAAGAGAUCAUGAAAGCCAUGACCAGUGGGUACAGACCGUCGAUGCUGUGCAUUGAGGACCCUCUGCUGCCUGGAAACGACGUUGGCCGCAGCUCAUAUGGGGCCAUGCAGGUGAAGCAGGUGUUUGACUAUGCCUACAUUGUCCUCAGUCACGCCGUGUCGCCCCUCGCGAGGUCCUAUCCCAACAGAGACUCGGAAAGUACUCUAGGAAGAAUCAUCAAAGUGACCCAGGAAGUGAUCGACUACCGGCGGUGGAUCAAGGAGAAGUGGGGCGGCAAGGCCCCCCCGGCGCCCGAGCUGGACAACAGAAUUAAGAUAAAAGAGCGAGUAAGUGCUUGCGACGGGGAUCCGCCCCAGCGCCGGGACCCAGAGUCCCCCUUCAGCCAGCGCCUGACCUUGUCUCUGCCCAGCCCCCAGCUGCUCUCGUCAGGCUCUUCCGCCUCCUCAGUGUCUUCGCUUUCCGGGAGCGACAUUGACUCUGACACGCCGCCCUGCACAACGCCCAACGUUUACCAGUUCAGUCUGCAAGCACCAACGCCUCUGCUGGCCGGCUUACCCACCGCCUUGCCCAUGCCAAGCGGCAAACCUCAGUCCGCUACUUCCAGAACGUUGGUCAUGACAACUAACACUCAGACCAGGUUUACGAUACCUCCACCGACCCUGGGGGUGGCCCCCGUCCCUUGCAGACAAGUCAGCGUUGAAGGAACUCCGGCGUUGAAAGCUGUUCACCACAUGUCUUCCCCGGCCAUUCCGUCCGCAUCUCCCAACCCGCUCUCAAGCCCUCACCUGUAUCACAAGCAGCACAGCGGCAUGAAGCUGUCCCUGAAAGGCUCCCACAACCACAGCCAGGGCGGCACGUACAGCUCUGUGGGCAGUGGAGGCGUGCGGCCCCCCGUGGGCAACCGAGGACACCACCAGUACAACCGCACCGGCUGGAGGAGGAAAAAACACACGCACACGAGGGACAGCCUGCCCGUCAGUCUGAGCAGAUAA